GCCGCAUUCCUGCCUGCCGACAGGCGGCGCGGGGCCCUUAAAGGGGACGUUCCCGCCCGCCUCCUCCCGGGGCCGCGGGUUCGCGUCCCGCCCCAGUCGCUUCCGCCUCCGGGGCCCGGGCCGCGCCGCUGCCAUGGCCUGUCGCCUCCAGAAGCUGUUCGGGGCCGACGGGGACCUGGCGGACGAGGAUUUUCUCUCUGCCGUGGAGGAUGCAGAGAACCAGUUUGCUGUCCCUGGACGUUUGUCACCCAGCGGUGGCCUGUCCCCAGCCCCCAGCCUGCAGCCCGUCCGCCCGCUGGGACCCCAGCUUGGUCACCAUGCCAGUAAAGCCCCCGGCCUGCGGCCCCUUGCUGGGCAGGGGGAGCAGCCCGUGGGCUGCCGGGGACCCCCAGCCGGGGGAGCGGCCCCCCAGGAUGAGCUGGACAACGAUCUCCUCCUGGCCGCCUGCAUGGAGCUGGAGGGCCCCGAGCUGCCGGCGGGGGCUGGUGCUGCCCGGCCGCCCCCAGGCCGGUGGGACAAGCACCCACAGAUCCGUGCGGGGCAGGGGAGCCCCCAGGAAUGGGCAGCCCCCAAGAAGCUACGUGUGGGAGAAGAGCUGGUGUCCUCAGGUUCUGGGGGGCAGGAGGAGAAGCAGGACCCCCUGCCCACCCCACAGGCAGCUCCCGCUCCCAAGCUGGUGCUGCGGCCCAGCGCAGCCUGUGCCUACCCGCCCCAACCCCCCACUCCCCUGGGAAAGCCGGGCAGGUCCUGGGGGUCCAGCCCUGUUCCCCAGGGCCCAGCCCUAAGGCCUUUCCAAGUGUCCCCGUGCCAGCCAGGAGCGAGCAGUUCCUCCAUGGGGCUGCGGGUGCCGCAGACCCCCACAGCACCCCGGCAGAGCUGCCCCCCACCCCAGCUGCCCCCUGCCCACCCGCCGGCCUUGAUGAGCUGUGUGGAGCCCCCAGCAAGGCAGCCACUCAGGCCGGCGCUGGGCAGCCUGCAGACGCCGGUGGUCACCAACCACCUGGUGCAGCUGGUGACGGCGGCCAGCAAAGCGCCCGGAGCCACCCCCCGUCUCCCACCGCAUGGGAAGACUCGCCGGUUCCCGGGGCCCGCCGGGAUCCUGCCUCAGCAGCGUGCUGGGAAGCACCUGGAGGAGAUCCUUGUUUCUGCUCCCCAGACUCCGGCUCAUGGGGCUGUGGCAAAGCCGCGCACGGAGGGACUGCCCAGCUCCUCCCCACCCACGGAAGAGGAUUUCGGGAAGGGCCCCUGGCUUGCCAUGAAGACGGAGCUAGGGCUGGACGAGAGGGACCCCAGCUGCUUCCUCAGGACCUACAGCGUGAUCAUGGUGCUGCGGAAGGCAGCCUUGAAGCAGCUCCCAAAGAACAAGGUCCCCAGCAUGGCGGUAAUGAUCAAGACCCUGACCAGGACCAACGUUGAUGCUGGUGCUGUGUUCAGGGACCCGACUGGAGAGAUGCAGGGCACGGUCCAUCGCCUGCUGCUGGAAGAGAGACAGAGUGAGCUCAGACCUGGCUCGGUGCUGCUGCUGAAGCAGGUGGGUGUCUUCUCCCCAUCCCACCGCAACCACUACCUCAAUGUCACCCCCAACAACCUGCUCAAGAUCUACCCGCCGGAGCCCGAGGGCAGCUUCUCGCAGCCGUUGCCAGCGCAGCAGGAGGUCCCUGCCCAGGCUGGGCUACUCCGGGAGCUCCCCGUGCAGCCCCCCCGGGGCAUCCCUGCCCCUGGGGACUGGGGACGGUGGCAGACAAGCAGCCACAGCACAGAGCAGUCUCCUGGGGGCUUCUCCCUGCACCUGCAGAGCCCUGGGCCUGGGCGAGAAGAGGCGGUGGGAGCUGAUGGCUGCGACAUGGAUGACCUGGACGGGCUCCUGGGAGAGCUGCCUGAAGAUUUUUUCUCCACUCCGGCCCAAGCUGACUGCUGCUGACCUCAGGGAGCUGCGGCACGGCCGGGGAGAUGGUUACUGCUGGCAUGGCCUGGGCUGCACCAUGGCCUGGUGAGGAGGACACCGAGCAAGCAGGCGAGGCACUGCCUGCCCGCCUGCUCCUUUCUGUCUGUUGUGUUUGCUCUGGAGCCGAGAGCUGGGGGAAACCGGGGAGUCCGGGGUAGACACGGCCUCAGCACCUGUCCCCACUCCUCCGGGCGGGCUGGCCCCUCUCGGCUCCCAAACCCGCAUUAAAGGGCUGUUCUGUC